AUGGGUAUCGAUAUAAAUACGAAAAAACAUUCAAGUAGAAGACACAAACUUUCAAAGAAUGAUUUAACAUUUGAAAAACCAAUUCUAAAAGAAUCAACAACCAAAGAUUCUUGUAGUGAUGAUGAAGAAAUCGAAUUUGAAGGAUGGGUUGAAUUCAUUACAAAGGAUGAUAGAUGCACAGAUGAAAAUGAUGAAUAUGAAAGAGAACCUAAAAUUAUUCAAGAAAAAAGAAAUAGUAAAAUAAAAUCAUUUAUACCAACUCAAAAAGAAGAAAAUGAUUUUAUAAAAAAUAAAAAUGAAAAAGUAUAUAUAUCAUCAAGAAGGAAUUCCAACAAAAGUAAUAUUUCCAUGAAUGACCAAUAUCCUAGAUACUCAUAUAUAUCACCAAAUUAUUUUUAUGAGCAACCACAAAGUAUCGUACCAUUAUGUAAUCAAACGAGUUAUACUAAUGAAAACAAAAUUAUUUAUCCAGUAUAUUUGAGUAACACACAAGAAUGUCCAAAGGAUGGCAUGAAUAUUAUAAAGCCUAAUUAUAUAGAUCCACCUCCUCCUAUUGUUUUAAAAAAUACACAAGUUCUUCCACAAUUAUAUAUAAGACAGCCGCCUACAGUUAUAGUAACAAAUGAAUCCAGACCGCCAUUAGUUAUUAACCCACCACCUGCUAAUGUUAUAUUAAAAAAUAAAGCUCCACAACCUAUAUAUGUAAAUAGCACUAGGCCAAACAUAAUAAUAAAAAACGACACACCAUCUACUCAGAACCCAAUAAAUAUGGAUACAACCCCUAUUCAAUUAGAUGUAAUGCCUGAGAAUCGUGAAAAUACAAUUAAUAGUUCUAUAAAUUAUUCAGCCGCUGCUAAUAUUAAAACAGAUGUAAAUAUUCUACCAAAUUCGAUACCAACAAAUGUUUUACACCUUGAAAAUAAUACUAAUGAUUAUAUGGCUUCACAAAAUAUGCCAAGCAUUUAUAUGCUUAACAACAAUAAUAUCAGACCACAAGUUUUGUAUCAAAAUGGAUUACCCAUAUCUACAAUUAAUGCAAUUAAUCCGGAUUUCCCUAUUAACAAUGUAAUAUACAAAAAAGGAAUAUUCGAUUUUGAAAACACCGUAUUUAAUCCUGUUGAGCUAGCUAAUUCUGCUACGAUUCAACCCAACUAUUCUCAACUUCUUCCUCAAGUUUGCCAAGCUUCUCCACAAAUCUCUCAACCUCUUCCUCAAGUUUGCCAAGCUUCUCCACAAAUCUCUCAACCUCUUCCUCAAGUUUGCCAAACAUCUGCUCAAUUUCCACAACCCAUUAUACAAUAUUGUCAAGCUUCUCCCCAGGUUUCUCAACCCAUUCCUCAAGUUUGCCAAACAUCUGCUCAAAUUUCUCAACCCAUUCUACAAUCUUUUCAAGCUUCUACCCAAAAUUCUCAACCCAUUCUACAAUCUUUCCAAGCCGCUCCCCAAAUUUCUCAACCUCUUCCUAAAGUUUGCCAAACAUCUGCCCAAAUUUCUCAACCCAUUCCUCAAGUUUGCCAAACAUCUGCUCAAAUUUCACAACCCAUUCCCCAAGUUUGUCAAACAUCUGCUCAAAUUUCUCAACCUCUUCCUCAAUAUUGUCAAACUGCACCCCAAAAUUCUCAACCCAUUCUACAAUCUUUUCAAGCUUCUCCCCAAAAUUCUCAACCCAUUCUACAAUCUUUCCAAGCCUCUCCCCAAAUUUCUCAACCACUUCCGCAAUCUUGCCCAAAUACCAACUUAUUAAAUCAAGUAACGAUUCCAAAUUCUUUAUUGCAGGCCGUUCCAAAUCACCAAGUUCACACAUCGAUACCUCAAGGAGUUCAAUCUUUUCCUCAAUCAGGAGUAGUACACAAUGUUUCACAAUCACAUGGGUCAGUCCAAUCUCCUCUAUACACAGUGCCACAAACAAUGCAAUAUACCAAUCAAAAUUAUCAAAUGCAUAAUAAUGUAAAUGUACAGCCAAUGGGUUAUGAACAAGAAGUACAACAGUACAGGUAUUUAAAUACACCUCCUCAGGUAAUUAAUCAAAAUUAUAUGCCUUUACAUACAGAUAUGAGAUUACAAAUGAGAAAUAGCGUUAUACCUAGAAAUGGAUCAAUGGUACCAAACAAUGUAGUGCAAUCGGAGGCGCAUAUGGGAAAAUAUCGUAAUCAUUCGAUGAAUAAAAAUAAUGCAAAUAUUCCGGUAAUACAUAAUUCAUAUAAUUCAUUAGAAAAGGUAGCUACUUGUGGGACCAUAGGUUGUGGUGGAAAACCAAAAACUUCUCCUGUGAGCCCUUUAAGAAGAAGAAGUACAUACGUAAAUUUAAAACAAGAUUUUAUUAAUUCACCCCUCAAAAGUGUUCAAAUAGUUUCUCAGCCAGCUAUCAAUAGAAACACAAGAGCCUAUAGCACUUAUCGAUGA